UCUAUUUAUCUCUGGUGUACUUUCAUGAUAAUUUAAUUCGUUAUUAAUGCAAGAUUGAACAACACCGUUACUGCUUAUUUAAAGUAAAUAUGUCAAAGAGGAAGUGGCAAUGUCCGAUUGAUUUGUAGCUCGAUCGAGUCAGUGUUUCCGCAGUGACCAUUCAAAGAACUAGCGCUCCAAGUGCAGUUUGCUUAUUAUUUAGAAUUUGGACAAAUCUUAUCACCAGUAGUGAUAGUGCAAACGCCGUUCAUAGUGAAUCACAAGCUGCGAUAAAAUGAAUCAGAGCAAUGGAAGACGUGGAAGUGAAAAGCCCGAGUGUUAAAAGUGCCGUGAACUUCUUCAACAGUUUGAGCAAAAGCUCAAGUAUCCAAGUGGUGUGUCACCAACAAAUCAGAGUGUCGCCCUUGAUUCCGCGACCUAAACUUAUUAUUAAACGCAAUGGUGAUCUUACGCCGGAUGUGGAGGCCAAGAACAUUAUCGAAGAGUUUAAUAAGAAAAUCUCGCCUUAUAACACGUUUAAAUUACCAGUGGAUGCACUCCACAGUGAUUUUUUCAAACAGAAUUUUGAACCGUUGCUGCCAGACGUCGUUGCGCCUGAGAAGAAGAGACGGAGAAAUCGGAUCUAUCGGAAGCCGGCCAAGAGAAGCGAUGCCUUCCUGGAGCCUUACCUUUUGGGGGAUCGCCAGAGCCCCGGCAUGGGGGCCCCGACCCCUUCGCCCCCUAUUCCAGACACCCCACCCUCGCCCCCAACUCGUUCAGCUUCGGGUGAAUCCCUUCUAUCAUCAAACGGAGGUUCCGAAGGAGGAAGUGAGGACAGCGGAUCAGGUUACGGCGCAACUUGUGACAUCGGUUUAACCGAACGCUUGAUUCGCUCGCACCCGAUUUGGUUCCUUCCCGGAAUUCAGCGAGCCGGUGCCUUCCACCUUUUGCAAGGCAAGGAAGAAGGUUGUUUCGUAGUCCGCCAAUCCUCCCAGAGUGACACCAUGGCGUUAUCAGUCCGCUUACCGCCUGAUAAAGGCCCCUACAUCGAACACUACCUAAUCCAGUCAAGUGAGGGCCACCUCGGCCUAGAAACGAGCGAAAAUCGCUUCGGAAGCAUGCCCGAACUGAUCGCCCACUAUGCGAAUUGUUGCGACGAACUCCCGGUGCAAUUAACCCUCCCGAAGGCAAUCAGGGAGGCAAAAUCCAGACAACAGUUAUCCUCCCUGGCCCUCCUGGGCCAGGAAUUCUGGAGGUACAGUCCCCCACCUUCAGUGGCUUCUAGUCCAGACAUAGAUUUAAAUCUAAUGAGCACGUUCAAGUCAGCCGAAACGAAACCCACAAGACCCAACACUUUGAACUUGAUGAGUUUCAUCGAGCCUUUGAAAGCGAAAAACGAGACCAAAACGCCACCACCACCCCCACCCAGAUGGUCCAAACCUUCAACCCCCCAAAAUAAUUUCACAGUUACCACAACAGUCACAUUCAGUGUCAACUCAAGUCCGAGUGAACCAAUCGAAGUGGCGCGAAUGUCGCCGGAAGGGCAGUGCAAUUCGACGCUUUCCUCCAAGGGUAGUUUAAUUCUUUCACCCAACUCUGACACCAUCCUAUCGCCAGACACACUAUCACCCUUAUCAGCCUCCAAAACCACGCGCAGUUCCAAACGCUCCAAACACAAACUCUCCAAACACUACCAGGAAAGCGAUAUUGUCGACUCGCCCACGUUUUACUACAGGAGUGGCUUAGGGGACAAGAUCAGUGACUAUGAGGACGUCUGGACGAAUAAUGAUGGUUCCAAAGGGAAGGGUUUAGCUUCGCCUGAUAUUCUUCAACACACGAAUACGAAUAAUAAUGUUCUGAGUCCGGUGGAAUGUACAACGGCCAAAAAUCCGGUUAUUGAGGAUUUGGCGCAAACGCCCAAACAAGGCAGUCCGUUUUAUGCAGAACCAGCUGAUUCGAUUGCUAAUCCGGUGCCGAGGAGGUGUUUGGCCAAGACGAUGGUUCCCAUGAAUCAGAGACACUCGAAUCCGCCAGGUUUGCUGGCGCAUUCGCCGCUUAGUCCGGGUCUGGAGCGGAUUGACUCGGAUUUUAACGUGAUGUCGUCUUCUGCGGACAACCUGAGCCCCAAACAGCGGUUUCCUGGCUUACGCAAACCGGAAGUGAAACCAGUGCAGCCCCCGUUGAUAAAAACCCGAGUGAAUGAUAGCUGGCAGAUCGACAAUGGUUGGACAUUUCGAAGUAGUGAAUGUGAGACAACAAUGGAAUCAAGCGAUUACGAUUCCGAUUGGCCCGUCAUCAAUACACUAAUUUCAUCAAUCCACCCGUACACUCCCGAUCCGGACGACGGGACAACCGUCCAGGAUAUGAUCUCGAAACGGUUCCCCGAUAUUCCAACUUCGACCGAGGAAUUGUGCCGGAUGUCGGCCUAUGACAACGUCGAAGACCGACGAGUCCCGAGGGCUCCGCCCUCCGAAAUCAGCGAACUGACCGAAUUUUCGGAUCCUUGGACCGAACUCAGCCAAGUCGCAAACACAGAGACUGAUGAUUCAAUCAACAAUCGCCGCAGUACAAAAGUAGCGUCAAUCAAUCGCUCCAAGAGCUUCAAGGACCGCUUGGACCCCUUGCUCUCGGCCCCUCGCUUGCAAGCGCUGCGGAACCGAGAGCAAAGCGGCCCUAAAGCCGUGGGGGCAGCGAUCCGAACCUACGCCUUAGAAUUAGCUCAAGACAAAAACACCACAUUUGCUCAAAACAUAGACAACUUCAUCGCAUGCACGUGCGAGUCGAAGGAAACCAACCCGCAGAUAAUCAUGCGAAAUAUGCGACAGUUUAUGUCAGGGAUGAAGAAUUAUCUAGUGAAGCACGGGGAGAAGGGAUUUUACAAGGAGAUCGAACGGGAGAGGAGCAAAUUGAAAUCGACGGAGUUUCUGAAUCUCGAUGCGAUUUUGGAAGGGGUUAUGCACAAGUUGGUGGUGAAGCCGCUGAAAGGACACUUGCAAAAGUUGUUUCUUGAUCAUUAUACCAAAACGGGAGCGAUAAGACUUUUAGCUGAUAAUAUACAGUUUGCGGCGACGAGACCCAUCGCGGAAUUGGCAAUCAAACCGAAAAUUACUCUGCCGUCCGAAAGCUCUCUCGCCACGAUCUCCCAGUACUUACAACGCCUCCAAAGUGCCGACUCUCCUUUGGAAAAGCUGGAGUACCUCCUAGCCGCAAUUGCCACAAUUUUCAAUUCGGUGAAAACUGGCCAAUUGACCGGUUCGGGAAAAUCCGUUCAGUUGGGCGCCGACGAUUUCCUCCCCCUUUUCGUGUGGGUUUUAGUCAAAACGAAUUUCGUCGCAGCUGAAAUCGAAGCCGAAUACAUGUGGGGGUUGCUCCACCCUUCCCUUCUCUCGGGAGAAGGCGGCUAUUAUUUGACCACGUUAUCGUCUGCCGUUCACGUACUUAAAAACUUCAAAGAGAGUUGUGUGGAGAACGUCAAGAGUAAUGUAAAGAAUGAUGUAAGACUGAUCGAAAAUAUUGGGAACGAAUUAAUGUUUGAUUUUCAGUCGGUGUUGAAAGUUGUGGUUCCUGAUGAGUUGCACGGCUCGAUUUUGACCAAAACGUUGCCGGCGAAGCCACAUAUGACCACGAAGGAUGUGUGCAAUAUCAUCGCCCACAAGGCCAGGAUUACAAAUCCCCAGGACUAUGCCCUUUAUAGGGUCACAGACGGAGAAGAAACAAUGUUGCUGGAUAAUGAGUGUCCCCAGGAUUUUAUCAGCGGGAGCAAACACACGAUGUUGGCCUACAAACGAACUGACGCGAAAAUUGCUUGGCCUAACCAAGACAAACUGAGUCUCUAGUCAUGUACAUAAAUUUGUGUUUAUAUCAAAGUGUAACUUGUCAAUUUAUAACUUUUAAUACACGUGUUAAUCUUUUUAUACAUGUAGCGCAGCUGCAUCCUUGUUUUAUUGUGUCAAUAACAAAUUUUGUACUUUCUAAUUUAUUAUCUCCUUCUGUACUAAAUCAUUUCAAUAAAAAAUAUAUUCUU